AAACGGUGCUCGGGCUUCAGGCAGAGGAAAAGAGCCGUUGUUGUGAAGAGGAAGAAAGGCUCAACUCUUCCGUGGGACGCGACACCGACCUACCGCCGCCGUUACUCCCCGGUUUCCGCGGGUCUUCUCCCCCCUCCAGUUCUGUGUGUUCAGCCCGUCUCGUCUCAGCGAACAUGGCUUGCGGAGCGACGCUAAAGCGGUCGAUGGAGUUUGAGGCCCUCCUCAGUCCCCAGUCUCCCAAGCGGAGAAGGUGCAAUCCACUACCGGGGACUUCUGGCACUCCGUCCCCGCAAAGAUGCAACCUCCGUACCCCGGCGGACAGCCCCACGCACCCCAUGUCCCCCACGGCCAUGGGAGGCGAGCACCGGCUCACCCCAGAGCAGAUCUUCCAGAACCUCCGACAGGAGUACAGUCGGAUCCAGAGGCGGCGACAGCUGGAGGGAGCCUUCAACCAGACCGAGGCCUGUAGCUCCAGUGACGCCCCCAGCCCCAGCUCAUCCCUCAAUGCUCCCAGCUCCCCACCAGGUGCCUCAAGGAAGGACCAGCCCUCGUUCACACUGAAGCAGGUGAGCUACCUGUGCGAGCGCCUGCUCAAAGACCACGAGGAGAAGAUACGGGAGGAGUACGAACAGAUCCUUAACACAAAACUUGCAGAACAAUAUGAAUCUUUUGUGAAAUUCACACAAGACCAGAUCAUGCGAAGAUACGGAGCCCGGCCUGCUAGUUACGUCUCCUGAAUUCGCGUGGAUUAAGAUCCCAGCUUCCUCUCACAAGAUGGCUGCUCUUCCACUGCCCCCUCCCUCCACUCGAUUUUCAUUUUAUCUCCCUAUUUUUUUCCCCUCCUCUAUCUCAAACUGUUCGGGUGCCAUGGUUUAUCCAAUUUUUUUUAAUCCAAAAGUUGAUUUCUUAACUUCAAAACUAUUGCUGCUGGCCAAAAGUUAGAAUCUGAGAGGUGAACUGUGUAUGAAGCCCGCCCCUCUUUUUUUUUUUUUUUUUGCCCUUCUUCUUGUUAAUAUGCUAUUUUUCUUGAAAUUCUGAUGAAAGCAGAUCUGUGUCAAAUCUCCUGCCAGCGCUGUAGAAAAGAAGCUUAUUGGCUCGUAUGAUCAUUCUGUAUAACCUUCCAGCAGCUGUAUUUAAUGUCUCCAGCUUCCCACGUCGACCCACAUCUCUCACCCCCACCCAACCUCCCCCUCCUUCCCUCCUCACAACCCUUUACUCGAAUGUGGAUUUUUCUCCCUUUUGAAAUAAAUAAAAGUUCUGUGAUUAAA